AUGUGAUUUUUUUUUUCUUUUUAUUUCAACUCCACUCUGCGGUUUUGUAUGUUUGGUAUCUAAGGUGUAGUUGUUAUGAAGAUUUUUGAUGUCUGACUGAUAUUUUAAGAAUUAUUUAAAAUUUUAUAUUCGUAUUUAGCCAAAUAGUAAUAUGGCGUCUGAAGUAGAUGAGACCAUCAAAAGAAUUCAAUCACAUAAAGGUGUUCUAGGAAUCAUCAUAUUGAAUGCUGAUGGCAUCCCAAUUAAAUCAACAAUGGAUAAUAAUACCACUAUAGAAUAUGCUGGUUUAAUUACACAUCUGGUAGACAAGGCUCGUCGAACUGUUAAAGAAUUGGACAACACUAAUGAGCUGACAUUUUUAAGAGUUCGAUCAAAGAAAAAUGAGAUACUUAUAGCACCAGAUAAAGAAUAUCUGUUGAUUGUUGUCCAGAAUCCCAAUGAGUAACAUUUCAUGGACAGUUACAAGCGUGAAUACUUUUUUGACACUACACAUUGUUAUUUUUUUGUUACAUUUAACUGCACAGAAAGCACUAUUUCAUGCAGUCUUUUAUUUAUGAAGUUGAAAUAAUUUAAAAUGUGACAUAUAUUUCAAAAUUAGAAAUAAUAACUUAUGUUAAUAUGUUUUGUAGAAAUGUGUUGUUGAUAUUUAAGGUUUUCUAUAUAUAUUGUUAUCCAAGUUUAUCUUUGUUUUGAUAAUUUUUUAUGUCAUUAUUUAUAAUUUAAUUAAAUGCUGAAAUGAAAAGGAAUUUAAAAACUAACUAUGUUAACAUAAAAGAGUGUAAACCAUUUAGAUACUAUAAAGAGACUUAACAGAAUUUGUGAGAAAGGAAACUUUUGCAGUGUGCAUUUACAGAAGAGUGAAUCUUUUACAGUAUGCUGUCCAACAGUGAUGGUGAUUUGUAAUAAAGUAAAGAAAAGAUGUAACAAUAUUAGUUAUUUAAAAGGGUGAUAACAAUACCAGUUAUAUAAAUAUAUAUUAUACUGGUAAAGUAUAUAAAGUAUAUUUUACAUUCAUCAAUAUUAGUCAUAUUUAGGUAUUAAAAAUGUCCAGUACUUCAUUUAAUCAGAAGUAUGUAAGAUACAUGGCAAAAAAAUGAAUACUUAAAAAAUAUUUACAAUCAGAAAAUGUGUCAUGGCAUAGGAUUACAUACUAUUAUGCAAUAACAAUACAAUAAGAAAAAUAUUAAAAAAAACUGAAAAAUUUUAGUUUGCACUUCAAAGGUUUAAAAAAAUAUGAUAACUAAAUUAAAAAUUACAAUUAUGCAACGUUUGAGAGAUUUUUAGACUCAUAUUUUUUAAGUUUGCUCUCAAGGCUUCAUUAUAUGCAGAUUCCAGCCUCCUAAAAUAAUUUAAACUGAGUGAUUUUAAUUAGUCUACUAUCUAAUUUAAGAAUUAAUUCUCCAGAAAUUCAAGAUAUAGAGUAUAAAGUUGUAUAUUUAAAAAUUAGGUUAAUCUAAGUAUUUAAAGAUGACAGAGCACAUGAGGGCAAUCUGUCUAAGGAGAAGAAUGCUUUCGCAAAGGACCUAUAAAAAUUAUUUUAUCGACUCAUAAUACUUUAAAACAAUUAAUUAUAUUUUAGAAACAAUCAAAUUAACACUGCUAGAAAACAGAUUUAUAAUAAAAGAUAGAAGUUUAAGAAGUUCUGACUCGCAGAAACAUUUUCUCACAUGUGCUAUUUGCUAUCAUUAUUAUAAAAGGUUAUUCCAUAUUUAAUGAGUUGUCAAUGUAUCAUAACAUCUAAAUUAUAUUUAUAUGGAACUGCAAAGUGUAUGCAUUUCAAGCUGAACAUAAUUUGCUUCACUUCAGUCAUUUCUCGCCUUCCCUUCCCCCCUUUAAACAGUAAUUCAGUAUCACACACACACACACACACA